AUGGGUGGACCCGCAACGGGGCUAUGCAACGCUAUCUUCGAAGCUCAUGGACUUUCGCUUGACCACGUGCCGAGCGAGACCACACAAUCCGGUGGUCACUGCAGCUCCUUCUUGUGCAGUGAGUGGUACCACGUGCAUGUGCUCGAGUGGGAGAAGUGUGAGGAGCUCUCAUCUGCGUCGUCCUUGUGGCUGCUCGACAGCGUGCAAGCACGAGCCACCGAAGCUGCUGCGUCGUGGAAACGGACCAUUCGUCCCACCUGCGCGGGCAACGCGUCACACAGCAAAGAUCGUUGCCUUUUCUAUGCGGGGGCCGAAAAUGCGCGGUACGUUCCGCUGGACCGGAAGCUCGUGGCAGAGGAAGACGGCGUAUCUGCAGCUGUGGCGGAUGCCGACACUGACCUCACGCUGCAGCUCUUUGACGGGAACGAGUGA